UUCUUGACAUGAAUGUGUGGUGGCCUUAACAAAGUUGACUUGAAGUCUUCGAACUAACAAGGAUUCCUAGUCUUUAUAGUUGGGGGGCCUCCUUUAGUCCUUUCCCCAUGUUAGCUUAUAUUGCACAUAGACCAUGUACGACUGGACUGGCUAGCGUUGUUUCAACAAGGUCCCACCAUGCAUGCAGCCUGUGGUUGAACUUUAUUUUAGGAUACUAGUGAAGGAUAGGAUAAAACUUUCGACGAUGCAUCAAUGGAAAAACGAAGGAAGUAUAUUAGUAAAAACAUGUGUUUAAAGUUAAGAUGUGAAUAGUGCGUACAAAAGUCAAAAUGUUGCAAUUUUAAGGAAAUAGAGGAAAAAUAAAGUAUAAUGUACUUAAGACUUGUACAGUAUCCUUGCGUUCCAGUUUAGUGGUGUUACUUAAACUGUUUUCCAAAAAUUAUGUGUUGAACUUAUAAUUAUGAUAAUCAUAUUGUGAUUUCCUCAAACUUUGACUUCUAAAUUUUGGCAGAGGGUAAACGCACAGACUACGAAGUUUCAUCAUGUCCAAAUUUCUGAGGUUUUUUGGCGUCUAACAACUUAUGCUAGAACCCAUGCUCCGUUCAGUUAUGACUGGGAUGUUGGUCACCAUGGAAAGGAGGGGCUUGGCGGAGAUUUUUCCAGAAAGAAUAAGCAAAUUUUGGAAGAAUUGGCAGCUGAGGGUUCUGGUUGUUGUUAGCCUUUUAAUGCAAGUUGCAUUGAUUCUAUUUAGUAAGCUCAGAAAACACAAUGGAAAGCCUUUGCUGAGGUUUAUAGUUUGGUCUGCAUAUUUAUUGGCAGACUGGGUGGCGGCACUUGCAAUUGGGGUUAUCCUUAACAAUGUUCAAGCACAUCCAAACAAGCAUGAACCUUUAGAUGACGAUCUUAUAUCAUUUUGGGCACCUUUCUUGCUACUCCAUCUGGGUGGUCCAGAUACAAUAUCCGCCUAUUCAUUAGAGGACAACCAGCUUUGGCAGAGGCGAGUGCUUCAGCUAGUUUUUCAAUCUCUUUGGGCUGUUUACAUAUUAAUUAUAGCUUGGCCUGAUAUUUCCAGUCUCUCUCUCUUAACUAUCCCAAUGCUGCUAGCUGGAAUACUUAAGAUUGGAGAGAGAAUAAUUUCUCUAAGAUCUGCUUGCACUGAGCAUUUCCGUCUUUCACAGAUGACGGAACCUGAUCCGGGACCAAAUUAUUCCAAGUUUAUGGAGGAAUUCACCCUGAAGAAGGCAGAGGGGUUCUAUGUUAAAGCAGUUGAGGUUAUUGAGACCCCUCUUUCUACUCAUGUCCCGGUUCCUGAGGUUAUUGAGACCCCUCCUCCUACUCAUGAAGACUUGGUUCUUAAAGCCUAUGACCUAUUCCAAAUCUUCAAGCGCCUUUUCGUAGACCUCAUUCUUAGCUUCCAAGAUCGAGAUGAGAGUCAAUGUUACUUCCACAGUCUUGAGUACAAGGAGGCUUUUGAGGUGAUUGAGAUUGAGCUCGGAUUUGCAUAUGAUGUGUUCUACACCAAGGCACCUGCUGUUUAUAAUCGAAUGGGGCAAUUUUUCCGUCAAAUCUCCUUAUCUGCAACCUUAGUGGUGGCCUUUGUUUUUAUCUGCAGGAGCAAGAAAGAUCAUUUUCAUAAAGUUGACCUCUACAUAACCUAUUCACUGCUUAUGGUAGCUGUAAUAUUGGAGUGUAGUUCUUUCCUCAUUCUUCUAUUCUCAGACUGGUCAAUUUACUGGCUGAAGAAGCACUGCGAGACAGAUUACUGGCUGGAGAAGCACUGCAAAAAGAGCAUUAUCUGGCUGAAGAAACACUGCAAGACGAGCAUUAUCUGGCUGAAGAAACACUGCAAGAAGAACAUUAUCUGUUGCUUCAGGCAUCUUUUUUGUGCACCAAGGAAAAGAUGGUCUAACUUGAUUGCUCAGUAUAGCAUACAAAACUUUUGUCGAGAGAAAAAUUCAUCCCGCUUUCCUUGGUUUUUGAAGCUCUUGAUGGUUGAAAACAAGGUGGAUGAACUUGUCCUCCUUACCUAUAGCAAUGUGUCUUCAAAUUUAAAGAAACUGAUCUUCAAAUAUUUCUUAGAGAUCUCAAAAAGUGGUAAUAAGAGCCAUUUUACUGCUUUAUGCACUUCUAGAGGCAAGCGUGUCCUGGAUGAUUAUGAUUGUAGUGACUUGGGUUGGUCUAUCACAGAAGUGGAUUUCGACCAAAGUAUUCUUCUGUGGCACAUUGCAACUGAACUGUGUUAUUACACAGAUGAUAGUAGUGAAAAUCUAAAGGCCGUAACAGAGUCAGAGCGUACAGAAAGCAAACAAAUGUCAGAGUACAUGAUGUAUCUUUUGGCAUUGCGUCCUUUCAUGUUGCCUAUGGGUAUUGGGAUGAUAAGGUUCAGAGAUACAUGUGCAGAGGCUCGGGAAUUCUUCAAAGAGAAGAGAGAGCAACCCGAUAAAGUCCAAGCCUGCAAGAUGCUGCUUCGGGUAAAUACUGAAGUCCAACCAGGUAAAGUUAAAGGGGAUAGAAGCAAAUCUGUGCUGUUUGAUGCUUGUAGGCUAGCCACUGAAUUGCGAUCUAAAGGUAAAGUAUGGGAGAUCAUAAGCAAAGUUUGGAUUGAGAUUUUGGCUUAUGCUGCAUGCCAUUGUCGUGGAACUCAACAUGCUCAACAACUUAGGAAAGGGGGAGAGUUCCUUACUCAUGUAUGGCUUCUAAUGGCACAUUUAGGCAUCACUGAACAGUUUCAGAUAUCUCAGGGUCAUGCUAGAGCUAAGUUAAGUGCAAAGUAGUUCCCUUGAACUAUCAGCCUAAACAACUUCCACUUCUUAGUCUUCGCAUUUCAAUGUUUCUUUAAGUUUUUGCUUUACAGUAUCUUGUAUCUCAGGAAACAACGACAAAUCUGCAAUCCGCGAGAGUAACUUCUUUUGUUCUAGUAUAUUUUUGUAGCA